GUUGUCGUUGACGCAUGCGCGCUGACGUCGAGCUGGGCGGGUAGUCCGCGGUGCCGCCCAGGCAGCAUCUCGAGACUCACCUCCCCGACCCUGGCGCGCGGUGAGCGGGGAGCACCUGGAAGACUCGCAGGCGCGUUCCGGGAGGUUGCUGUGAAAGGGGCUCACGGAGGAGAGGGGCUGGAAACGUCUGGGUCUGCAGGCCCACCGUAUGCACAACUUGGAGCAUGUUUUGUAAGGGAGGAAGGUGGUGUGAACAGGCUAAGGGACGUGUCCAAGGUCGUGCAGCCGAGGAACCGUCGGACGAGCAGAGGCCGGACGUGUAGGAGUCUUCGAGAGGAUCCUCCCAGGAGCGCCUGAACAGGUGAGGGGGGAUUCUAAGACCUCCUCCUGGCAAAUCUCCAGAGGCUCCUGAGAGAGGCACGGAGGUCACCGAAGCAGCGGCAGGACAUGAGUCCAGAGCUGCCGUCGGGUACCUGGCUGUGACGAGUUGGCGCGAAGCAAGUAGAAACCUUCUCUAACGGGCCGGCUGCCAGCUGGAAGUAAGCAUCAGGUCCAUGCUGCUGCUGGCUCGGGCACCCAAAGCUUGGCACAGGCUCUUUCAGCUCAAGCCUCUGGCCCUCCCUGGGACCCCAGGAGGCAAGGCCCAGCAUGUGAGAUACCAGCCCUUCUCAACGCCAGGCCCUGCAGAGACAGGCAGGCAGGACCAGCCCCAGGGUCCUGGCCUGCGAACCAGGUUGCUUGUCACAGCCUUGAUUGGGGCUGGACUGGGUGGGGCCUGGCUGGCCAUGAGGGCCGAGAAGGAGCGGUGGCGGCAGCAGCAGCGGACAGAGGCCCUGCGGCAGGCUGCUGUGGGCCAGGGCGACUUCAGCCUGCUGGACCACCGGGGCCAAGUGCGCUGCAAAGCUGACUUCCGGGGCCAGUGGGUGCUGCUGUACUUCGGCUUCACUCACUGCCCUGACAUCUGCCCCGACGAGCUGGAGAAGUUGGUGCAGGUGGUGCGGCAGCUGGAGGCGGAGCCCGGCCUGCCCCCGGUACAGCCCCUCUUCAUCACCGUGGACCCCGAGCGGGACACCGUGGCCGCCAUGGCCCGCUACGUGCAGGACUUCCACCCGAGGCUGCUGGGCCUGACUGGCUCUGCCGAGCAGAUCGCCCAGGUGAGCCGCAGCUACCGCGUGUACUACAGCGCCGGCCCCAAGGACGAAGACCAGGACUACAUCGUGGACCACUCCAUCGCCAUCUACCUGCUCAGCCCUGACGGCCUCUUCACCGACUACUACAGCAGGGGCCGGUCGGCCGAGCAGAUCACAGACAGCGUGCGGCGCCACAUGGCUGCCUUCCGCAGCGUCCUGCGCUGAGCCAGGCCAUUAAAGGGCUGUGACGGA